AGCCAUUUUGGCUCAGGCCGCUGUGGCCGCUGGGCGGCCCCCGGGGAGGUCCUGUCGUCUCGCGGACCCCACCCGUCUCGGGCGCCCCGGACGGUUCGGUGAUCACUUCUGGCAACCUCCGGAGCAUGGGCUUGCCCCUGGCUGCCGCUGACGUGCGCCGACGGGGGCCGCAGGAUCCCGGCGCCUCCCGCGUGGCUCUGGGCGGCGCGCGCUCGCGGCAGGCGUCUGGCCCAGACACCGCCGCGCCGCCGCCGUUGCCCUCGGAGCCCGCGGACGCGGCACGGCGGUCGCCGGCGGAGCUGACGCGCUCGGCGUCCGGCUCCUCCGGCCAUCGGCUGCGCGUAAGAGCGCAAGAGCGACCCUUCGCUGGAGUGACCUUUUGGUGCGGGCCCGGCGGGGUCCCGCCAGCACUUGCUGGCGCGCUUGGAUUGCAUGCAUUUGGCCUCCCCCGCGGCCCCCUGAAGCCGCGCACCAAAGGGCACUUUUGCCUAGGGUCACUCCUGUAUUCGGAGGUGAUCGACCUCCUGCCCUGAUACGUCGAUCAGCGAAUUGGCCGUUCUCGGUUCGCGAGAGGGCGUCGCGGCCGUCAUUUUUGCGGGUCCAGGUCCGUCGGUUUCGGCCCUGGGCCGUUUUCACUAGAGGGUGGUUCGCCAAAGGGAGGCUUUGUGCCCACCGCCGAUGUGUCUGCAGCCGAGGCCACGCGCAGAUCGCGGGGCUGCGGGCGGCCGAGCCUGCAGCGCGGCCGCCCGGGGAGCCGGGCGCUGCGCCAGAGCCCCCGGGGCCCGCGAGCGCCACGCGGCGACCGCUGGUGGAGCUCACGAGCUCGGCGUCCCGCUCCUCCGUCCGCGCGCCGGUCGCGGAGCAGCGGGUGGCCGAGCCAGCAGCGCGGCCGCCUGCAGAGCUCGGCACCGCGCCCAGGUCCCCAGGCCGCCCCGCGGGUUCUGUGUGUCGUGGCUGCUGCCAUGACGGCGAGAGGCGGGCGGCCUGUCUGGACGUGGACGCUUGCGCGGCCCGCGGCCCCACGAUGGCAAGUACGCGUUCAUGCUGAGCUUCGUGGGCCGCGGCCUGCAGAGGGAGAGGCAGUGCACGGGGUGGCUGCCGUACGCAGGGGCGAUGCGGCGGCAGGCGGACCUGUGCGGCGCCGACAUACUGCUGGUGAUGCCAGAGAACCACUCAUCGCUGCUCACGCCCUGGCACCGGGACUGCCUGGCCGAGUAUGGGGUGCAGUUUGUCCCGGUGGGGUGGAGCACUCCACCUGGAAUGCGCUUCUGGCACGAGGGCUGGAACUGGCGCUCCCAGAACGGCUGGUGUGGCCCGAUGGACUUGAUCAGGCUGCAUGCCCUCGGCUUCACCCAGUACGAUGCUGUGGCCUACUUCGACAGGGACGUGGAGUUCCAGGGGGACGUCCUUCCGAUCCUGCGCUGCGCGGCAACGGGCUACCUGUUGAACACCAUCGGGCCCAUGUCCCCGAUCAACAUGGGCUUCCUGGCCGUGCGGCCGAACGCGGCCUGGCUCCAGGCGGUCGUCAACUUUGCUCGGGAGGCAGACUUCAACAGAACGACUGGCUGGGCUGGUGCGAUGUUCAAGCCCGACAACGCGAAAUACAUCUGAGCGAUGCAAAAGACGGGUUCGAUUGCGCGGACACUCGCGCG